GAACCUAGUCACUAUUUUUAUGCAAUAGCAGUAACACAUACAUACUUGAAGCGAAAACUAUGUGGGAAGAAUUAUGCAGUCUCUGAGGAUGAGUCACUCAUAUCAGUAAUUCUGACAAGAAAUGAGCUGCAAAUUGAAUUAUAUCACAUUAAUUUUGAGGCUAUUUAUUUAUCCAUGAGAAAAUUGUAAUUAAGAAAAUUUGAUGAAUCAUAAACUCCUGGUUAAAUUGUUUCAUCACAGUUUUGGUAUAAUAGCAUUUGAGACAAGGCAGAUUAUAUCCGUAUUAUUUUAUUCAGAUUAAGAGGCCCCCUUUCAUUUCAUUUCAUUUCGAUGUAUCUUCCUUCCUAUUUAUUAGCUAUUCCUUUGACAUUAUUCCACUUGUAAUGUUGAAGUUUUGCACAAAGUGGGUUCAUCAUCAAAAGAAAUAUAAUACUGAAAUUGUUCACUUAUGACUGGUAGAUUCUGAAUCAAAACGGUUUAGACAAAAACUUGAAAAAUGCUUACAUGUUCUAGGGCUUUUAGAAUGCAACGGUAAUUGUAUCUACAAUUCGAUUAGUUAUUUAAGUGUUUCCAGUCAAAAAAUACGCAAUGUACUUCUAUUCAUAGGGAUUUCAAGCAACAUGUGUGCGUAUGAAUUGCUCAAAUUCAAGUGGGAGGUGAAUGAUAUCGUGGGAAAAAGUUGAGACAUAAAACCUUCAACUUUCUCCGAGUUUGUCUCAGUUUCCUCAAAACCAGGGAGAAAAGCACAUCCGAGAAUUUUUACCCAUACCACCAUUUUAGUCUCAAGCUUAAUAAUUUUCUCCCCAUUUAUAGGAAUAAUGCUUUGUAGUUACUAUUUUUUCAUACUUUUGACCCACGCCACAGUGUUCAGAAUCUCGAGACGUAAGCCAGGAACUUUCAUCUGCAACGUUACGAAUUUACUCAACUACCAGAAGAGUCUGACUUUGUAGAGCAAUUAGUUCCUUGUACUUUAAUAUGUCAAUCCACAAUGAAGGUGAGAAUUAUUCAAACUUCUUUGAAGAAAUUGGGCACUUUAAUAACACGACAAAGCUUGAUGCUGGAAUUGAGUAUCCAGACUUUAGCCAGAUCAAGGUGGUGCGAAUUACAUUUAUUUCACUGUUCCUCGUCGAAGCUGCGAUUAGCAUGAUGGGAAAUUUGUGCGUAUCAUUAACCGUUUAUAAGAACAAGUCCAUGCACACUCCUGUCAACUACUAUAUUGUGAAUUUAAGCGUAUGCGAUUUCUUGGUAGGAGCUGUUGUACUCCCAGUGAAACUAUUCGAACUAACGGCGGAUGCUGAACUCAACAUGAUGACUGACAAGUUGUGUACCACCGUGCGUUUUUUUGAGGCAAUCGUUGUAUUUGCUAGCGUGUUCACAUUGGUGGGGAUCUGCUUUGAACGAUACAAUGCCAUCGUGCAUCCGGUACAAUCAAGGAUUUCCAUGUCGAAUCUUCGCACUCGUCGAGUAUUGACGGUCGUGUGGGUCACUUCCUGUGUCUUCGCCUCACCUAAUCUGCAUUCUGCAAUAGCUGUGUCACAAUCUCUGUACUCUAAAUAUGGAGAGUUUAAUCGUGUCACUUGCUUUGAUCGUUUCUCGGACAACUUUCGAUUCUGGUAUUUCAUGUCUCUCUUCGUACUCGUGUUCCUUAUUCCUUUGGGAUUCAUUGCGGUGACCUGUUUCUCGAUUACGAGAGUAUUGCUAAAGGAGAUUCCAGUUCAAACAAGACGUGAUGCCAGAGCUGUAAGGUUGGAACAAGGGCGGAGAAAGGUUGCAAAAAUGGUGUUGAUUGUUGUAUUAUCGUUUGUAUUGUCUUGGAGUCCGUAUUUUGCCGUGACCCUGGUGACCCAGCUACAGUCGGACAACUUUCUCCACUUUGGCCAGUAUUUUUUCACCAUGCUGCUCAUCAACCUCUUCGCAUUUGGAAACUCCUGCAUCAAUCCCUGCAUAUAUUUUGCAAUGAGUGCGAGGUUUAGAAAGGGUUUCCUUGGUAUAUUUCACUGUUCGCGGAAUUGUUCUAGACCAACAACUUCUUGCAUGGAUAACACGCAAUCUAAUAUCCUAACAACUAAUGCGUUGAUGAGUUCUCAAACUCCGUUAUCGGUGCGACACGCUGCUGGCAUCCUCAUUACCCAAGGCGAAGAAAUGGAACUCGGAAGUGUUCAUCACGAAGGGAGAAGAGUGCCGAUGAGUAGGAAUUCUACGGAUGGACCCGCUAGUUGGAAUAAAAGGACAGCAAUUCUUGGGAACAAAAAUGCAAUUUCAACUACAGGAAGGAAUUCCAGUAGUAAUUCCAAUAGCAUUCCAGUAGAAAUUGGUUAAUUUUAUAUUACUCUCAAUACGCCGUGUGAAGGGUAUGUAAAUCCUGAGAAAUGCUGGCAUAAUCUCAUCCUGGUCUAUCUGGAGAAGUGUAUGUUUUCAUGUGCAGUAGAUCAAAUGUGUGUAGUGAAACAAUGAACAUUGCUCAUGUUCUUUGUUUGUUCUAACUUUUUUCCUUUUGUUUUCUUACUUUUGCUCCAGUCGCUUUUGUGAAUCAACUUCUUCUUUAUAUUUCAUUCUGCGGGUGAGAGCAAGGCAGACUUUCAAAAAUCACGUAUCUGAUUGUUCUUGGAUUUCAAAGCUUUUUUGUCUUUCACGGACUGAUCCUGUAUAUUCAUUGGAAACACCACAAACACUUUAAAGCAGAUUCUCUUGUAAAUAUGGACAUUCUUGACUUUCUGUGAAACCAGGAAAUGGAAAUUGAGCACAAAUUGUUUGUUUUAUGCAACAAAUUCUCUCGUGAGCUGUGAAUUUUAAUGAUCCAUAUAUAUUCAUAUGUAGUUCUCACUCGCACGCUUGUCCGGCCAGCAUUCUUAUUUUGUAGAAUGCAAAUGUAGCAAUAUGAAAAAAUUGUGUCGUAUGUAUGUAUUUUCAAGGAAAUCAUCAUUUUGCAAAUAUGUAUUUUUAGUGUAUGUUACACAGUAUUGAUUAGUUACAAAACACACAAGUACAUGUCAAAAUACAUGUAAAUAUAGAUAGCUUUUAUGUAUGCAUACUAUCUGUACUAGGCAUGUGACUCAAUAUUCACUGAUAAGCAUUUGUGGACCCAAUCAAUGUUUAACCAAAUUGCACUUAUAAAUUUAAUUCACUGACAAAUUAUUCUUUAAUUAAGCAUUCUCUCUUCUACAUAUCUUAUAGGCAGAUUCAGAUUGUGUAACGUAAUAAACUGUGUUGAGCUUGAUUA